AUGCAAUGGACGAGGCGGCGGGAGCAGCAAGAGCAGACGAAAAGGAAGAAGAAGAAGAAGAAGAAGCAUUUGUCCUCCACGUCCAGGUCCUCCACGAGCUUUUCCUUUACGCGGGUCCUUCCUCCCUCUUUGAUCUCGAAGCUAAAGCGCCUCGCCACCAAACUUAAUUCCCGGCCGCACAAGCCCAAGCGAAGCACCGCACCCAAACCCAUCUCCCACUCCUCCCCCGCCUCCUCCUCCUCCUCCACCGCCGGCGUCACUCCCAGCCCAUACCACCACCGUUCCGCUGCCCACCGUCUCCCCUCCUCACCUGUCGACGACGUCCUCCGCCGGAUCGCCGCCCGCUUCCCGCCAUCCGUGGAUGAUGAGAGACUUCUCGUCCGAUCCAGGACGAGUCGCCCAACUCGGCCCAGUUCGUUGACUGAUCUCGAACUGAGGCCGAUUCGUUGUCGUAGAUCGGACUUCCGACUCGCCGGGAGUUCCCCAGAAACGCCGCGGGCUCUUGAGAUCCCCACGGAGAUCGAGCGGUCUGGGGCCGAUCGCAGGCUCCGGCGACGGAAUCAGCGUUGGUGGAAACCGAUCGAUGGAUCGGAGACGCCUCGAAGGAGACCUUUGGGGGAUCGCAGGUUAAAAGGACCGGCGACAGAGGAAACAGAGGGAAGUCCGGAUCCGACAACAAGAUCCACGCCUCCUCGUCUUCCAAAACCGAUCGAGAACGCCGGAAUCGAUCCUCCUCGAAGAUUGAUGCACGGUCCAGAUCCGGAUCGGAAAUCCAUCGCCGGAAAGAUUCGCCGCAGAGCAAGGGUUAGGGUUUACUCCCCUCGGGCGGAGAUGGGGAGAACGAAGGCGUCGGCGGCGAGGGUGAGAGGGAAAGACGCGGAGAAGGGGAGGAGGGAGUUGGAGAGCUUCGCGGUGUUGAAGUGCUCGCGGGAUCCGCAAAGGGAUUUCAGGGAGUCGAUGAUGGAGAUGAUCGCGGAGAAGGGGAUGCGGCAGGCGGAGGAGCUGGAAGGGUUGCUGGCCUGCUACCUGUACGUCAACUCGGACCAGCACCACGACGUCAUCGUCAAGGUGUUCCGCCAGGUCUGGCUCGACUUGAUUCGGGAGCGCUUCGGGUCCGAGUCCGAGUCCGAGUCCGAGCUCGGAGACAGUUGUUCUCCUGCGUUUCAUUCUCGAGCGGGAUGA